AUGUCAGAUUACGAUUCGGACGAGGAGCCAACGGCCUCAGACGAGACUGUGCUUAACAAGUAUAAGGUCGCGGCAGAAUGUGCCCACAGUAAUAAUCCUUCCUUCUUCACCUUGUGUUUAAAGUUGUUCUGCAGGAAUUAUUGAAACAAUGCACCGACGGAGCCAACAUAAUCGAGCUCUGCUCUCUCGGCGAUAAACGCAUCGUCGAAGAGACGUCUAAAUUGUACAAAAAGGAAAAAGAGUUAAAAAAAGGUUUGUUUUCUGGUCGAUAUACAACAUUCGCGCAGGCAUUGCCUUCCCGACCACUAUCAGCGUGAACAAUAUCGUGUGUCACUACUCUCCUAUUGAAGGUGAAGAAAAUGCGAUUGUACAGCUGAAGCAAGAUGACUUGGUCAAAAUGUAGUCAACGAUAUAUUUAAUUACUGUUUUCAAGUGAUCUAGGCGCUCACAUUGACGGUUUCGCAGCUGUAGUUGGUCACACGUUUGUGGUCGGCGCCAAGGCGGUAAGUUAACUGGUCAACCUUAUGCUAGUUUCUUAGGAUAACAAAAUCACCGGCCGGAAAGCAGAUGUUAUACUCGCUGCCUAUAACGCUGCCGAAGCCACAAUGCGCCUUCUGAGACCUGGAAAUGACGUAAUAGCCUGUUUCUGAUGAUUUCUGUAGAAUUUCAAAAUUACUGAUGUCAUCUCGAAGGUUGCCAGCGAGUUUAAUUGCAAGCCGGUGGAAGGUACGCCUCAUUCUUUGGGUAAAAUUCCGCGGAAGGCGUUCAGUCCCAUCUUAUGCGCAAGUCGGUUUUUGAUGGCGAGAAAUCCAUUGUCCUCAAUCCGUCUGAAGAACAGAGAAAGGCAGUGGAGAAGUGCACUUUUGAAAUGUACGAGGCCUGGCUCAUUGAUAUCGUCAUGUCAACUGGCGAAGGAAAGACUAAGGAGGAAAACGCUCGUCCGACCAUCUAUAAGAAAAAUGAGACCGUGUACCACCUGAAAAUGAAGGCAUCUAGACGUAUGCUAGUGAAGUUAUACAUAUAUUGUGCUUAGAAUUUUACAGUGAAGUGUCAUCGAAGUUCCAAAUCUAUCCUUUCAACAUCAGGUAUUUUACAAUAACCAAUUGCAACCUUCAGGGGCGUUGA